AUGAGUGACCUUCCAGCCGUUCGUCUUGCUGGUGUCAGCACGCCGUUCAAGCAUGUUCGUGUUGGUCGAAAUCGCGUGGAGAAGCGUUACGUGUGCCUAUUUACGUGCCUGCAAAUGCGCGCCGUGCAUCUAGAGACCGCGCAUAGCCUCGAUACAGAUUCCUUUAUUAUGGCUUUGCGUCGCUUUCGCGCCCGCCGAGGUAAUCCUGUCAGAAUUAUGAGUGACAAUGGUUCGAACUUUGUAGGAGCUGAGCGAGAGUUGAGGGAUGCACUCCAGGAGUUGAGUCAAGAACGAAUCGCAGAUGAGCUCAGUGUGCACGGUGUCAAGUGGGACUUCAAUCCGCCUGAUGGGCCUUGGUUCGGUGGAGCCUGGGAAGCGUUGGUGAAGUCUACCAAGCGCACGAUGAGAGUGAUGUUAGGAAACGUCCUUACAGUAGAUGAAGUCUUCCGCACUGUUCUCGCCGGGGCAGAGUCUAUACUGAACUCGCGUCCACUGGUGUACGGGGGAAGUGUGUCAUUUCCUACUGAUGUGAGUGUGCUAACGCCAAACCACUUCCUUCAUGGAUGUGCGAAGUCGCAACUACGAAAGGAACAUGGAUCCGACCUGUUGGGAAGCUAG